AUGGCGGAUGCGGGAGAAACAAAGAGCCCAGAAAGUAAGAUAGGAGAGAAGAAGGAAAAAAUCAAAAGACCGAGAGGAAGGCCGAGGAAAAAAGAAAAAGCAAAAGAACAGGCAGGGCAGAUGAGAAGCUACUUAGAAAACUGCAACUGCGGAUUUCAAGCAGCAUUCGGCACGAGGAGAAGAAUAGAGCACUCACCGGUAAACGGAAAAGAAGGCGAUUCUGGCAAGAUACACGAAGAAGGGAAAGUGGAUGAUGAAAGAAACCGGGGGAGGAAGGAGAAGAAUGAGGAAGAAGACGAGGUAGUCGAGGAGUUAUCGGAAAGGACAAAAACAGCAGGGGAAUCGGAAACAGGGACAACGGCAGCGGGAACAACGGCGACAGUGGAGGGGAAGGAGACGACAGUACCAACAGAGGCAGAGAUACCAGCAGGGGACAAAAAGAGAGAAGAUGCGGGAAAGGUAUCAACAGAGGACGCCACGGGAACGGGAGCAGAGUCGACAACGGAAGAACUAGCGGUAGUACGUAAGUUAAUUAAGGACCUGGAAAAUAAGAUAGAUAGGAUAGAUAGGGAGAAAAUAUCAUUAGAGAAGGAGAUGAACGAGAUGAGGGAAAAAGUAAGGCUAGAGAGAAUAAUCAAUGAGGGUUUGAGAAGAGAUAUAGAGCUGGUUAAAAAAGAAAGAAUAAUGGAUAAAAACAGAAUGAACGAGCUUGAAUUAGUGAUAGAAGAGUUGUUAGAAAAAGGGAGGGACACAUUGGGAAAAGAACAGAAUGUCGAAAAUAACAAUAAUAAUAAUGAGGAAAAAGAGUCGGUGCGCGAGGACGGAGCAGGCGAAAAGGAAGAGGGCGAGUUAGAUAUUGAAAACAGCGAGGAAGAGAAUAAUAAUAAUAAUAAGGGAGGAGGUCUAGGAAAUAUAAAAAGGGAUUAUUUGAAGGUUAUGCCAGAGAAGUUAGGGGAAGAAGAAUUAGAAUGGGAAAUGGUAGAGAGAAAAAACAGAAAGAAAAAUAUAUUUAUUAGGGGAGUAAGAACGGUAGGGGCUAGAAUAAAAGAGGAAAUUAAGGGAAUUAUAAAAGAAAAACUAGAUGAGGCUAUUUAUAUAAAGAAAGUGAGAGCGAUAGGGGGUGGAUUAAUAGUAGAGUUAGAGUCUAUGGAAAAUAAAAUAGAAGUGAUGAAAAAGAGGGGCAUGUUAAAAGGGAUGAAUGUGUGGAUAGAAGAUGAUCUAACGGAAAGAGAAAAGGAGAUACAAAAUUGGCUAAAAAUGAUUGCAGAAGAGGAAAGGGGAAGAGGGCUAGAAACGCAGAUAGGAUAUCAGAAAAUAAAAGUAAAUGGGUGUUGGUAUGAAUGGAGCGAGAAGAAGGGUAGGAUAGAAGAAGCAGGGGAAGGGGGGUUUCGGAAAUUUCGGAAAUAA